CUCUUGCUUUCAUCCAUCCCUUCAUCGUUGAACGAAAUGGCGGAUCUUCUCAGUGCGAACGUCACUGCGACUGUCGAGCGAUGGCUUGCGGAGGGCGCCAAGCUGUACGACUAUGGCAUGAACGACUUUGCUGAUCCUCGCGUCGGAAACUGGCUGUUCAUGAGCCGUCCCCAUGAAACGAUCGCACUCACGCUGGCAUACUACUUUAUCGUCUUUGCCGGCAAGCGCGUCAUGCAAGACCGCAAGCCGUUCGACCUCAAACCCCUGGUCGUCAUCUACAACGCCGCAAUGGUCGCGCUCUCUGCGUAUAUGCUGCACGAGUUUGUUAUGACUGCUUGGAAUGCUGGAUACGACCUCGUUUGCCAGCCUGUUGACUAUUCUAACAGCGAAAACGGUCUGCGAAUGGCCAGCGUCGUCUGGUGGUACUACUUUUCCAAGUUUAUUGAAUUCCUCGACACUUUCUUCAUGGUCUUGCGCAAGAAGAACGAGCAAAUCACCUUCCUCCAUGUCUACCACCAUGGCAGCAUGUUCUGCUUGUGGUGGAUGGGCACCAAGUGGGUCCCCGGCGGUCAGGCUUUCUUCGGCGCAUCCAUCAACUGCUUUGUGCACGUCAUCAUGUACGCGUACUACAUGCUGUCGGCCAUGGGAAUUUCCGUCUGGUGGAAAAAGUACAUUACCGUGCUUCAGCUUGUCCAGUUUGUCAUCGCUUGGAUCCAUGCCAUCGGCUCGCUCUACGUGGACUGCAACUUCCCGCAUUGGAUGCACUACGGCCUGAUGAUUUAUCUCUUCACCCUCAUCCUUCUCUUCCUCAACUUUUACAUUCAUUCGUACGGCCAGAAGGGCAAAUCCAACAAGAGUGCUAGGGGCCAAGGCACCAAGCCUGCCAGUCGCAAGUCUGCCAAGACUGAAUAGUGUGCUUUUUUUGUUGUUGUUGUUGAGAUGCUGUCUCGUUGAGUUUGUCUGCGAAAAUCGCAACGUGUCCUAAUAGUAUGCGCCUUUUGAUAUCCUCUG